AGAUCGGCGCCAGGCGGCAGGCGCGCCGGGAAGGUCGUGCGCGCGCUCGAUGUCGACGGGGGCUCGGGUAGGGGCGCCGUCCACGCGCAUUCGUGCACGGGAGACGCGGGCGACCGUGGCGCUACAGGCCAAAGGCGCUCGCUUGCGGGCACGCGCGGGGUCGCCGCCGGCCACUCGUGCUGCUCCAACAACCGGUGCCCCCGCCGCUCCUUCCGAAUCUGGGCGAGGCGAGCUGCGGCGCCAGGCGUUGCGGGGAGGAGGGAGGAUGAACUGGAUUGGGCGCAAGAUGCACCACUGCAAUGUCACCAUAGGCCUCGACGUUCUCGAUUGGAGGGAGCGCUACCUGUUCGUCUCUUGGACCGGUGGUGGGCGGUGAAGGCAGCGGAAGAGUAAAAUUGAAUGAAUGAGGGUGGCGGAGGCUGCUGCUGCCGGAUCCAGCUGGCAGGUGAGCCGCUGGAGAUGAUCUGGAGGUGGGCGGGGUGGGGGAGUGCUUCUCGUCAUCACUCAAGGCAGAAAUAAGUCGCUGGACCAAGGUCAUGUUCAGAGCCGGCACAUCACACGUGAAGUCCUUCAAUGAAGCAACCGAGAGCAAAAUGCCACGGGCAACGAACACGAGCAUGUGAAUGUAAAACGUGAAACCCACACGGCAUGCAGGGACCAUUUGGGAACAUAUCGGCCCACAAGCAACAAUGGUACUCAUGGCACAUCACCCCACCUUAUACGGUGUGCACGUCUCAUGAACUAGGCGAGCAAGGUGACCCACAGCUGCACAACAAAACCUUGGGACCCACAAGACGACACCUCCAGUUUUCAUGCAAGACCGCACUCAACAGGUAAAGCAAGGCGAGAAGAAAUGAUCAAAUUCAGUUUGAUUAAAAGGGUUAGGAGGUGGUUUUGGGCAAUGGAGAUGGCUCUCCUACCCCAGAGCCCUCUCUGUUCUCGGAACCAACCAACGCUCAUGCUCCAGCCAACCACCUUGGGCGGAGGCCCCGAUCAGUCUUUCUUGAGGACUAGCAGAUUUGCCAGAAGCAGGAUUAUUCGAUGCAGAGUAGCAAGUUCAGAUUUUCCUAGUAGGAAAUCAAGGAAGAUGGUGUAUCCUAAGGUAAAAGUCGCUGCUUUUAGAGGUUAUGUUCCAAGACUCCCUGCUGAGUCGAGCACCAAGAAGAGUAUACACCAUAAUAGCGAUGAACGAACUAUUGGCACAUUCAAUAGGCUGUUAAGUACUGAUACAGAUGAGUCGACAAGUAGUAGAGAUUUAGACACUGCUGAAGUGGAUUUGCUGGAAGAUGCUUCAAGCAAUUUAGCUUCUGGGGAAGUGGAUGUGGCAGAAGAAGGUUCACUUGACAUGUUUGAGGUGGAUUUAUCAAGAAAUGCAUUGAUUAACAUAUCGUUAGGGGUAGAAGAAGAAGAAGUAGAUGAAGCUGCAGUCGAAAAAGAUAAAUUUGACAUAGACUCCACAAGAGUACAAUUUGGCAGUGCUGCAGUUCAGGAAUUGGAUCCAAAGGAUGAAGCUAAGGCUAAAGAAGACAUAUUUGUGGCUGGUUCUUCAGGAAUUACAACAAACAGUGAUGCUAUGAGGGAAAUGAUAGAUGAAGCUAAGGUGGAAGAGGACAGGGUUGAUGUUGAUUUGUUGGGAUUUGGUCUGAACGAUGAAGCUGGGGAUAUACCGGAGAUAUUUGAUGUGGAUGUAUCUGGCCAUGCUUCGAGAAGUGGAAAAGGGUAUGUGGGUGAACCGUGGGUCCAAGAAGCCACAUCUGAGAUGGAUAUUUUAGGAACUGCUUCAAACAGUGCAAGCCUGGGCAAAGUGAAUGCGGUGGAUGAUGCUAAGGUUGAAAAAUACACAUUUCAGGUGGAUGAUUUAAGCAGUGCUUCUUAUAGUGCAAUAUAUAUGGCAGUGGAGUCUUCGGAAGAAAUCUCUGAGGUAGAUAAUGAUCAAUGGCAACAUCCAGCACUACCGUCAACAUCCAUGGAGGACAAGGCCAAUAAUGAAACACAUGAAAGUUUGGGGCCUGAACCCAGGACAGUUGUCAGGGUCAAGGAACAGGACAAAUUAGAUUUCAGUGUUGAUGAGGGAUCAGCUUUUGAUACCCAGGAAGAAGACCAGCAAGUGGUAGAUUAUGAUUGGCAAGAGCAAAAUGUUACCACUUUUGAUGAACAAGAACAAGAUCAGUGUAUUAUUGGUUGUCGUAGACAAGACAAGUCAAUUGUUGGUGUGCCUGAGCAAAACCAAUCCGUUGUUGUUUACAGUAAACCAGACCAAUCUAUUGUUGCUUCUCAUAGAAAAGAUGAAUCAGUUGCUGCUGUGCCCGAGAAAAUACAAUCUGUUGUUGGUUAUAAGAAACCAGAUCAAUCUAUUGUUGCUUCUCAUAAAGAAGAUCAAUCAAUUGUUAGUGUGCCUGAACAAAUCAAAUCUAUUGUUGGUUACAGUAAAGCAGAACAAUCUAUUAUUGGUUUGCACAAACAACAACAAUCAGUUGUUCAUAUCCCUCAAGAAAAACAAUCCAUAGUUGGCUUUCAUAAACAAGAUCUAUCAACUUUCAGCAGCUCCAAAGAGUCUCAAACAAAGAAACUUGAUAUUCCUGAGAGUCGUGAUGCACUUCGUACAGAGGAAAUAGAAGCUAAGGCUGGAGAUUACACACCUCAAAAGACUGACGAGGACAAGCUUCAUGCAAAGUCUGAUGUUGAUUUGUUACAGAAACAUAAGGAAGAUUUCACUGAAGAAGCACCAGAGAUGAUAAAUAGCAAGAAAAUCAAUGAGGAACACCUUGCAAUGGUUGAAGAGAAGAAAAGUAUUAGCAUGGGGGAAGAACAAUGGAUUGUUACUGAUGAAAGCAUUUCAGUGGUUGAGGUGGAGAUGGAAACGGGUGAGGACAAAUCUCUGCAUCUUCCUGGAGAAGAGGAUCCAUGGGUUGAAGAUGAAGUAGGGAUAUCUGAGGAUGAAGAACACUAUGAAGUUGAGGAGACGUUUGUGUCUCCUGAACAAGAUAUGCAAGAAUCACCACAGGAUGAAAUGGAUCCACAAGAACUACAAAGGAUGCUUCGAGAACUUGCUGAAAAAAAUUAUUUACUAGGAAACAAGUUUUUUGUUUUUCCAGAGGUUUUGAAAGCCGAUUCAACUAUUGCUCUGUAUUUCAAUCGUGAUCUAUCGGCUAUAGCCAAUGAGCCUGAUGUACUCAUCAAAGGAGCAUUCAAUGGGUGGAAGUGGAGGUUUUUCACUGAAAAAUUGCACAAGAGUGAAUUGGGAGGGGACUGGUGGUCCUGCAAACUAUAUAUUCCCAAGCAGGCAUACAGAUUUGAUUUUGUGUUCUUUAAUGGUCGAACUAUGUAUGAAAAUAAUGGCAAGAAUGAUUUCGUGAUACAAAUAGAAAGCACCAUGGAUGAACAUUCGUUUGCGGAUUUCUUGGUUGAAGCAAAGCAAAGAGAACUUGAGAGAUUUGCCAUUGAAGAAACUGAAAGGAAGAAACAGACUGAAGAGGAGAAGCGGAUGAAGGAAGAAAGGGCAGCACAUGAAGCUGCCAUGGCACAAGCGAAGGCUGAGAUAGUGACAAAGAAGAAUAAAUUGCAGAAUGUAUUGGAUUCAGCCAAAGGAUCUGUUGAUAAUUUGUGGUACAUAGAACCUAUCAGUACUGUGCAAGAGGCUACUGUCAGAGUCUAUUACAACAGACACUCGAGACCCCUUAUUCAUAGUGCUGAGAUUUGGAUGCACGGGGGCUACAACAAUUGGAUUGAUGGACUCUCUUUUGCUGAAAGACUUGUUCAUCAUGAUGACAAAGAUGGUGAUUGGUGGUAUGCAGAUGUUGUCUUACCUCAAAGAGCAUACGUGUUGGACUGGGUGUUUGCUGAUGGGCCACCAGGGAAUGCAAGGAUUUAUGAUAACAAUGGCAGACAGGAUUUUCAUUCUAUCCUGCCCAGUAACAUGACUGAGGAAGAAUAUUGGGCGGAAGAAGAACAGAGGAUCUAUACAAGGCUUCAACAAGAGAGGAGAGAAAGGGAGGAGGCUAUUAGAAUGAAGGCUGAGAGAAGGGCAAAAUUGAAAGCUGAGAUGAAAGAAAAGACCAUGAGAAUGUUUCUGGUUUCUCAAAAACACAUAGUUUAUACCGAACCACUUGAAAUACGUGCUGGAACCACAGUUGACGUUCUUUACAAUCCUUCUAAUACAGUGCUAAAUGGAAAGCCAGAGGUUUGGUUUCGAUGUUCUUUUAACCGUUGGAUGCAUCCAGGUGGUGUGUUGCCACCCCAGAAGAUGGUAAAAGCAGAACAUGGUUCGCACUUAAAAGCAAUAGUUAACGUUCCGCAGGACGCCUAUAUAAUGGACUUUGUUUUCUCGGAGUCAGAAGAAGGUGGAAUUUUUGACAACAGGAAUGGGUUGGACUAUCAUAUUCCUGUAUUUGGUUCAAUUGCAAAGGAACCUCCUAUGCAUAUUGUCCACAUUGCUGUUGAGAUGGCUCCCAUAGCAAAGGUUGGAGGUCUUGGUGAUGUUGUUACGAGUCUUUCACGUGCUGUUCAAGAUUUAGGACACAAUGUCGAGGUUAUUCUUCCGAAGCAUGAUUGCUUGAAUCUAAGCAAUGUGAAGAAUUUGCAUAUUCAUCAAAGUUUUUCUUGGGGUGGUUCUGAAAUAAAAGUAUGGCGUGGACAUGUCGAAGACCUCUGUGUUUACUUCUUGGAACCUCAAAAUGGGAUGUUUGGAGUUGGAUGUGUAUAUGGAAGGAAUGACGACCGUCGAUUUGGCUUCUUCUGUCAUUCUGCUCUAGAGUUUCUCCUCCAGAGUGGAUCUUCACCGAAUAUAAUACACUGCCAUGAUUGGUCAAGUGCUCCUACUGCCUGGCUAUACAAGGAAAACUAUGCGCAAUCCAGUUUGGCAAAUGCACGGGUCAUAUUUACUAUCCAUAAUCUUGAAUUUGGACCACAUUAUAUUGGCAAAGCAAUGAAAUAUUGUGAUAAGGCCACAACUGUCUCUAAUACAUAUUCAAGGGAAGUGUCAGGCCAUGGCGACAUUGCUCCUCAUCUUGGAAAAUUCUACGGCAUUCUCAACGGAAUUGAUCCAGAUAUUUGGGAUCCAUACAGUGACAGCUUUAUCCCGGUCCAUUACACUCCUGAGAAUGUCGUCAAAGGCAAGGCUGCUGCAAAGAGGGCAUUGCAACAGAAACUUGGGUUACAGCAAAAUGAUGUGCCCAUUGUUGGAAUCAUCAGUCGCCUGACAGCACAGAAGGGAAUCCACCUCAUCAAGCAUGCGAUGCGUCGAACACUCGAACGGAAUGGACAGGUGGUUCUGCUUGGUUCUGCCCCAGACCCUCGAAUCCAAGGUGAUUUUGCCAACUUGGCAAAUACUCUUCAGGGUGAAAACCAUGGUCGAGUGAAGAUGUGUUUGACCUACGAUGAACCUCUUUCACAUCUGAUAUACGCUGGCUCUGACUUCAUUCUGGUUCCAUCCAUAUUUGAGCCUUGUGGCUUAACUCAGUUGGUCGCCAUGCGGUAUGGAGCCAUCCCUAUUGUCCGGAAAACUGGAGGGCUCUACGACACUGUCUUUGACGUGGACAAUGACAAGGAACGGGCCCGGGCUCGAGGCCUCGAGCCAAACGGGUUCAGCUUUGAUGGAGCUGACAACAAUGGUGUCGACUAUGCUCUGAAUAGGGCGAUCUCUGCUUGGUUCGAUGCCCGGGGCUGGUUCCACUCCCUCUGCAAGAGGGUCAUGGAGCAGGACUGGUCAUGGAACCGGCCUGCCCUGGACUACAUCGAGCUCUACCGAUCGGCUUCCAAACUGUGAGAACCCAACCACAUGGCGAUCGUGUGAUCACAACAAAGGAGAUGGAGGCCCGGAGAAGCUAAGCAUGAGAAGGAAUGAAGGUGGAUGGAGGUCAAGGCAAUGGAGGAGUGCAGGUGGCAUGUGAGGGGCACAAGGUGGCGGUUAAAGAGAGAAGUUGAGAGUUCCUAGAGAGGAGGUACAAGCAAAGAAAUGGAGAAAGAAUACAGGAUCAUGAUCGUGGAGUCAAUGUGUGUGCAAAUUCUAUCGUCACAGAUGUGCGGGAGUUGGAGUGGAAAUGGAGAUGUGUGAUGCUCUAUGUUCUAUCCAUUAGGACCAUAAGUUAUGUUUGCAUUUUGAAGUUGUGGAUUCGAAAUAAAUGAUGAUGCUGAAUUAUGGGCGGUAGAAAACAAAAGACGUUUUUAUCGAAAAAAACAAGAUUUUGAA